CGGAAGUUUAUAUUUUGAAAAGCGGAAGUCUCAAUGUUUACAUGGUUAGCAUUUCUGUUCCCUGUCUAAGCUAACAGCUCACAAGCUAACAGUUAACAAGCAGGUGGAUGUUUUCCCGGUCAGGUUUAUCUAUAAUUCUUACACGGUUAUCUGAAUCUGUUCAGUCGUUCAAAGCUGUGACGUUAAACCGUUUAUCUGACGUCGUCCCGGUGCUCAGCCGCCCGUUAACCGUCCUCUCCCGGUGCAGACUGCCUCCUCUGCCCGGUGCUCACCGGUUAGCAAGUUCCUCCAGAAACAGACCAAUGCCCAAAAAAGAGAAAGCGGUGAAAGGACGGCCGGCUGCCAGUGUAGCAGCAGAGGCAGAAGCUUCCUGUCCAGUGGCUCGAGACAAAAGUGGAGCCGUCACCAUAACGGUGCACGCCAAGCCCGGCUCCAAACACAGCGGCAUCACAGAGGUUUCUGCAGAGGCGGUGGGAGUUGCCAUCGCAGCCCCUCCAACAGACGGAGAAGCGAACACAGAGCUUAUACGCUUCCUGGCUGAAGUUCUGGAGCUGAAGAAAAGUCACAUCUCUCUUGACAAGGGCUCCAGGUCCAGAGACAAACUCAUCAGAGUGGACUCCUCUCUUAGUCCGGAGGAGGUGUUGAGGAGGCUUAGACAGGCUGCAGGCUGACAGGAGGGAGAGGGGGAGGUGAAUGGAGGCUGACACAUGCUGCAGGGCCACACACAGGAGGACAGAGGAUGGAGGAGGCCUUCACAGCUGGACCAGUAUGGCUACUGGGAAACCUGGAGAAAGCACAACAUCACCAUGGAAACAGACUGAUCCACCAGUGAGCAGGAGGCGUGUCCAGUGCUGGAGAGAUGUGACUGGAUAUGAUGUUUAUAUGUUGAGAUGUCUGGAAUGACUCAUGUUUGUGAUAUUUAUUUAAAUGACUUU